UCAAUUGCCUUCUCGUUUGCUAAGACGGAUUACCGUGUCGCUUAAACUAGCCAUAAAUAGCUAUAUACUAUGAUAAUGUAUAUUAAUAACAUCAUAUUCGCUAUUGUUUUAAGUCUGCGGCGAAGUAGCUUGCUAUCCUCCAGGAAAUGGCGACACUGUGCGCGUGCUGUACCCGCAGAGAAGGACGCAUCAACUGGGAGGAGAAAGUAGCAACAGCAACAGGCGUCAUUAGCAUCUAGCAACGCUCCAAGGGAAGGAACAUGAGCGACGCUAAUCAGCCUAAAGUUGAACUUUUUGUGAAGGCAGGGAGCGAUGGACAGAGCAUCGGUAACUGUCCCUUCUCUCAGCGUCUCUUCAUGGUUUUGUGGCUAAAAGGAGUCACGUUUGAUGUUACUACGGUGGACAUGAAGAGGAAACCCGACAUCCUAAACGACCUGGCCCCGGGUGCCCAACCACCCUUCCUGCUAUACGGCAGCGAGGUGAAAACCGACACCAACAAGAUCGAGGAGUUCCUGGAGGAAAACCUCUGCCCCCCCAAGUAUCCGCGUCUAGCCGCCCGGAAUCCUGAGUCGAACACGGCAGGCAUGGACGUCUUCUCCAAGUUCUCAGCUUACAUCAAAAACUCCAACCCUCAGACCAAUGAAAAUCUCGAGAAAGGCGUUCUGAAGGCUCUAAAGAAGCUCGACGAGUACCUCGGCUCCCCACUUCCUGACGAAAUAGAUGAAAACAGCACCGAUGAAGUCACUUCCUCAUCCCGCCCCUUCCUUGAUGGCCAGGAUCUUACGCUGGCUGACUGCAACUUGCUUCCAAAGCUCCACAUUGUGAAGGUGGUGUGUUUAAAGUACCGAAACUUCAGCAUCCCUCAGUCUCUGACCAACCUGUGGAGGUACCUGAACGCAGCAUAUGCCCGGGAAGAGUUUUCCUCGACCUGUCCGAUCGAUGAUGAGAUCCACAUGGCCUAUUCUUCUGUAGUCAAAGCUCUCAAGUAGGAGGUGGCAAACGUAGUGUACAAAAACACAUCCACAUUUAUAUAAUCCGAGGUUUUACCAUUGCUUUGCUAUGUCAAACUAUUGCUUGAAACUGGUUGUGUUUUAUGUUUUUUGUUUUUUUACUUGUGUUAGCUAUAGCGAGGAGGCACAUACGGCCCAUUAAUAGUUCAAUGAUCAAUCAAUCAGGGGUUGGUUUAAAUUUUCCGUCAGUGGCUCAGUGUCCAUGAAGGCAUGCCUGGGUGAGUUUGGUGUGGAAGAACUCGUCUAGUCCUCAGAUACACUGAGCUGAUUUAAAAAACAAAAUAUUGGGUCAUGUGACCACACAACAGUCCAAUUAGAAAUAAUUCUGUGGUUGCUAGUUAUUUUCAAAUAUAGUAUAAACUUAGUGUUUUUAUGUCCAACGUUAACAUGCUAACAGUUAGCACAUUAAUAUUUCUGGUAUGCUAAUUUUAGCAUGCUAGACGUAUAUAAAGAGUGCUAUUAUGCCAAGUGAUGGCUUGUUAACAGCUAGCAUGUAAGCAUUGUUAGCAUGGUAACAUUAUUAACAUCUUAGUGUUUGUUUGGUGUUAUCAUGCUAACAGCUAGUGUGUUUUUUGCUAUUUUUAAAAGUAAAAACUUACAUAGUGGUUCUGCGUUUCCAUUCUUUGAGGUAUUAUCUUACUAUUACUAUCAUGCUAGCUGUUAGCAAGGAAACACAUACGGCCAUUAAUAGUUCAACGAUCAAUCAAUCAGGGGUUGUCAGUGGCUCAGUGUCCAUGAAGGCAUCGGCAGAACUCGACUUUGUCCUCAGAUACACUUGCAGGGAGUUGAGUUAAAGAGCAAAAUAUUGGGUCAUGUGACCACACAACUGUCCGAUUAGAAAUAAUUCUGUGGUUACUAUUAGCUAGUUAUUUUCAAAUAUAGUAUAAACUUAGUGUUUUUAUGUCCAACGUUAACAUGCUAACAGUUAGCACAUUAAUAUUCCUCGUAUGCUAAAUUUAGCAUGCUAGACGUAUAUAAAGAGUGCUAUUAUGCUCAGUGAACAGCUAGCAUGUAAGCAUUGUUAGCAUGCUAACAUCAUUAACAUCUUUGCUUUUUAGUUAUUUUCAAAGGUGCAAACAUAGUGUUUGUUUGGUGUUAUCAUGCUAACAGCUAGCGUGUGUUUUUGCUAUUUCUAAAAGUCAAAACUUACAUAGUGGUUCAGCGUUUCCAUUUUUUGAGGUAUUAUCUUACGAUUACUAUCAUGCUAGCUGUUAGCAAGGAAACACAUACGGCCAUUAAUAGUUCAAUGAGCAAUCAAUCAGGGGUUGUCAGUGGCUCAGUGUCCAUGAACGCAUCGGCAGAACUCUACUUUGUCCUCAGAUACACUUGCAGGGAGUUGAGUUAAAGAGCAAAAUAUUGGGUCAUGUGACCACAUAGCAUAACAUCCCAACUAGAAAUAAUUCUGUGGGUGAUAUUAGCUAGUUAUUUUCAAAUAUAUAAACUUAGUGUUUUCAUGUCCAACGUUAACAUGCUAACAGUUAGCACAUUAAUAUUCCUCGUAUGCUAAUUUUAGCAAGCUAGACGUAUAUAAAGAGUGCUAUCAUGCUAAGUGAUGGCUUGUUAACAGCUGGCAUGUAAGCAUGAACAUGCUAACAGUUAGCACAUUAAUAUUCCCCGUAUGCUAAUUUUACCAUGCUAGACGUAUAUAAAGAGUGCUAUCAUGCUAAGUGAUGGCUCGUUAACAGCUACUAUGUAAGCAUUAACAUGCUAACAGUUAGCACAUUAAUAUUCCUCGGAUGCUAAUUUUACCAUGCUAGACGUAUAUAAAGAGCGCUAUCAUGCCAAGUGAUGGCUCGUUAACAGCUACUAUGUAAGCAUUAACAUGCUAACAGUUAGCACAUUAAUAUUCCUCGGAUGCUAAUUUUACCAUGCUAGACGUAUAUAAAGAGCGCUAUCAUGCCAAGUGAUGGCUUGUUAACAGCUAGCAUGUAAGCAUUGUUAGCAUGCUAACAUCUUUGCCUUUUAGUUAUUUUCAAAGGUGCAAACAUAGUGUUUGUUUGGUGUUAUCAUGCUAACAGAUAGCAUGUUUUUUUGCUAUUUUUAAAAGUCAAAACUUACAUAGUGGUUUCGCGUUUCCAUUUUUUUUAGGUAUUAUCUUACUAUUACGAUCAUGCUAGCUGUUAACAAGCGAACAGUAUGCUAAGCUCGUGAGGGCUAGCGUGUUUUUUGCUAUUUUCAAAAGUCAAAACUUACAUAGUGGUUUUGCGUUUCCAUUUUUUGAGGUAAUAUCUUACUAUUAUUAUUAUGCUAGCUGUUAACAAGCAAACAGUAUGCUAAGCUCGUCAGGGCUAAGUGUUAGCAUGCUAGCCGCCCCAUUCACUCUUUGUUAUCCCACUUUCAGGCUAUUUUGGUAGUAAACCCGCAUGGCAGCAUCGACCAAAGUGUUCCGUGUCCGUGUUAUUAUAAGGCCUUUUAACAGUUUGGAAGGUGUAUCUGCAUGCAAACCUUUUGAGUCAUACAAUAGGGCGGAAGAGGGUGUGUAGCGUUAGAUUCGUUUUGAGGAGGCAGUUACCGAGACAGGAAACCAUUUCAAUAGAUUCAAGCUUCCUCUUUUCACGUCUUCCUGCAGAGCAGCUGGGAAGAACUACUUACUUACUUACUACACAAGUCUGCAUGAAUUUACUAUUGAGUGUUCAUUUUACAAGAUUAAUGUGGUAAUAUUGCUCGGGGGGAAGAAGCUUUAUGGUACAAGAAUGAAGUCUGAUUAAAAAAAAAAAAAUAUAUAUGUAAAAAUAUAUAAUGAUGUAUAUUUAAAACAUUUAAAAAAACAUUAUAAUAUAAUACAAUAAUAUCAUUAUAAUGGGUUUUUAGGAAAAAUACUCUCAUAUAAUAAACAUUAUAUUAGUGGUAUUAAGAGAAUAAAAUGUUAAUUUAAUCACCGAUUUUAUAUUAGUCAUUGAACAUUUACUUCCUAAUUUUUUUAAUAUAGAUUUUAUGAUAUAUUCUCAAAAUAGUAUGACUAUAGUUCAAGGUAUUAUUUCAAAAAUAAUAACUUUAUUGUCAUAAAAUUGCAAUUUUUCCCAUUAAAUUAAUGAUAGGAUUUUCACUUUUUUUUUAAAUGUUAAUUUAAUUACCGAUUUUAUAUUAGUCAUUGAACAUUUACUUCCUAUUUUUUUUAAUAUAAAUUUUAUGAUAUAUUCUCAAAAUAGUAUGACUAUAGUUCAAAGUAUUAUUUCAAAAAUAAUAACUUUAUUGUCAUAAAAUUGCAAUUUUUCCCAUUAAAUUAAUGAUAGGAUUUUCACUUUUUUUUUUAAAUGUUAAUUUAAUGACCGAUUUUAUAUUAGUCAUUGAACAUUUACUUAAAAAUUCAUUAUAACCAAGUCAACAAACCUCUAAAUUUUUUUUUUCUUUUUAUAGAUUUUAUGAUAUAUUCUCAAAAUAGUAUGACUAUGGUUCAAGGUAUUAUUUCAAAAAUAAUAACUUUAUUGUCAUAAAAUUGCCAUUUUUCCCAUUAAAUUAAUGAUAGGAUUUUCACUUUUUUUUUAAAAAAUGUUAAUUUAAUCACCGAUUUUAUAUUAGUCAUUGAACAUUUACUUAAAAAUUCAUUAUAACCUAGUCAACAAACCCCUAAAAAAAAUCUUUUUAUAGAUUUUAUGAUAUAUUCUCAAAAUAGUUCAAGGUAUUGUUGCAAAAAUAAUAACUUUAUUGUCAUAAAAUUGUCACAAUAUCCCCAUUAAAUUACUGAUAGGAUUUUCACUUUUUUUCAUGCCUUUAUUGUACUAGAAAAACUUUUUCUCAUCACAUUGCGACUUUAUGCUCAUUAAAUCCUGAGUUAUCAUUUUUAUCACGCUAAUCUUGUAAAAUGUGCUUUUGUUGUCAUAAUAUUAUCAUUAUUUCUCACAAAGUAUGACAAUUUGUGAUUGUAAAAAAAAAAACUAUUUGUGAUUGUAACAGCAAGUUGUACAAAAUGGACACAUUGAACGGUUGGAUAAAAAAUUAGCAUGCAUUUUAGCUUCAUCCUGGCAUUUCACCGGGAAGCCAAAACGCACCAAACCUCAUUUUUUUCUAUAAUUAGUUUUUUCAUUUGAAAUUUUUGCCCCGAAAAGUUGUACACUGUCUUAUUUUUUGUACCUAACAAACCAGCCCCUUUUUAGUGUAUUGUGCCGUGAAACCCACAAAAUAACUCUCCACGGGGCCAAAAGCAAGUACAGCUCGAUAAAGCAGGUGAGAAACACUGUUGACUUCACCAGAACAUACAGAACAUUUAUUAUUAUUGCACUUAGUUUUCUGCAUCUAAAUCUAGAAAUAUAUAUAAAAAUGUAUUUUUAAAAAUAUAAAAAUGUAUUUUUGGGUGUUGGGUCGGUUUUUGCCUGACCUUUUUUUGGAGCGAAUUCAUAACGAAAAUCUUUGUACUUGAACUUCUAAACUACCGAAGUGCAAUUUAAGAGGGAAAAAGCUCCUUUUUUUAAACGGUCUUGACAUUUUGCUACUUCAGCUGCUUCCUAAAUUUUGUUUUUGCUUGACUGAGCUGUUUCUUCAGUGAGUCAACGAAAGAGACGUUGAAAUCUUUUUCGGAUUUUUUUUUCAUUUUUCAGUGGUCGUAGAAUUUUAUACACGUUCAAGGAUCAGCUAACUCGCGUUUAAAAUGUUCGUUUUUGGUGUUUUUCACUCUAUUCUUACCCAUUUUAUGGUGUUUCUUGCGUGCGUAUGUAACAGAUACUUACACAUCCACAGAAGGGUGGACGCUAAAACUAAAUCACAUUGAUCGAUUUCAUGGAGAAAAAUUUGUUUAGGUUUUUUUUUUUUUUUUUUUUUUUUACUUGGAAAAAUCCACAUUUCAUUGGUGCAUUCCUUCAAAAUAAAGUGUCUUAAGAAAUAAGUGGUGUGUGCCUCCGCUCCACAUAACCGGUGGGAUAUUGUGCUGUAUUAUGUGCAUCGUGUGAUGUUACAUAACAACAGUCACGAGUCUAAAUUGUGAUUUUGUUGCUUUUAGAAUAUAAUAUCUAUAUGAUUAAAGACAAUAUUU